AUGCCCUCUAACGAACAAACGGAGAAUUUUUAUAUGUAUAGAGUUGGUUUUGAUUGCAACCAAACACUUCGAAUAAUUGAAAAAGCUUCAGUAGUCAAGCCAAGUCCAAAUAAAUCUAAACAAACAGUUCUAGACAUGUACAUGAAACAAGUUAAAAAAAGACCAAAAACGACUAAAAAGGCGGUAAAAGCAAACAGGACUAACAACAAAAUUGAUAUACAGCAAAAUAAAAGAAAUAGUGCAGAAAAUGUCGAAAAUAAUUGUGUUAAAAAAUCCGAAAUUGAAAAUAAAAUCUUAGAGGUUUCUCAAAAUAAAGGUAAUGAGCAGAAUAAGGAAAACAAAGAAGAUAAGAUUGUUUGUGAUGAAGCUGUAAUGAGCGAUAUAAACAUACAAAGCAAAGUGGAUAAAUUAGUUGAAGAAAUGAACGAUGAUAAAAAUUAUAUGAAUGACAUUAACAUCGAUAGCCUUGAAAAUGCCCUCCAAGAAUUGAAAGAGAAUAAUUUCUUUGAAGCUGAUUCCAAUACCAACAAAAUUGAAAGUAUUCUACAACGAGAAGAUUCGCCCAAGAAAAUAAAUAUUAACAAGAAACGAAAAAUACUAAUUGGAAGUAAAUUAUCAAUAUGUAACAAAGAAAAUAACCAAAACUCGAAAAAAAUCUUAAGUAAAAAAUCAAAAUUAUCAGAGCUGAAUAAGAAAAUCGAACUUAAUAAAAGUAUCCAAAAUCAAAAUUCAGAAACAGUUACAUCUACUAAUUGUGAAAAUUUGGAAACCAAAGAUCCCGAUAAUGACAGACCUUAUGUAAUUAAAGAAGUGAUUGAACCAAAAAACAAUACUAUUAGCAAUGAUUCGAAAGAUGAAGCUAAUUUACUUCAAAACAGUUUCUUAGAAUUCUAUAAUGAUCUUUUUGGGCCAGAAUUAAUGAAUUUGUUGGAAAAACACAAGUUGUCGUAUAAUAAUAAAAAUGAGAAUCGCACAACUGAGGAUUGUGCCGAAAAAAUAUCAGAG